AUGCCAUAUAAGUAUGGAAAUGCCCCAGGGUUAUUACAGGAAACUAUUAGUAAAAUAACGUACAAAAGCGAAUACACAACAAGUUUCACAGGAGAACGUGUCCCGUUCCAGAACGUUCGCAUUCCAACAGGAUUAAAGAUGAGAACGGCAUGGGAUGAAGCACGGACGCCGGAAACUUCUCGUGCUAUCCAGUUGCCUUUUCACCACAGAAGAAAUUAUCCCGCAAGAGUAAACCUUCAAGGACUCCAGCCAUCACCAACAGCACGAGCUAGAAGCGCCCUUCAAAGGCCCAGUAGUAAUGCGUCUCAAAUUAGCCGAAGCAGUGGUCGAAGACCUACGAGUUCGGUGUCGGCAUUCUCAACGCGCGAACGACCAAGCACCGAAGAUUUGCUACGACGACCCCAGAGCUUAGUGGCACGAAGGCCUCAAAGCGAGCUUUCUCGUUUCCCAAAAGAAUUCCGCUACAUUGACAAACAGUGCUUCUUUCAUCCAGCCACCGAACCAAGUAGGAGCUUUUUUAUAAUAAGUCCUGACUGGGUGUCUGAACGCAAGAAUUACUUUAUUCGCAAAAAUACUCUGUUUGGUUAAAAAUCCAACUUAAGAUUGAAUUUACCUUAAUGUUAUUACGAACUCUUGAUAAGAGUGUAAACCGGAAUGAACUACGUCGGUUUCUUUUAAAUAAUUCGGGAGCCGAUAUAUUGGGGAAUAUUUCAAGAAGCACUUGUCUUAACUCUUUCACGGCACCAAAGGUCACACAAGUUCAUAUGAAUAUACAGUACGCGAUUGUACUACUGCGUGACAGGUUUUUUGCUGUUGGUGUUGUUUAAUUUUGUUUGACUGCGAUCCAUCGAGGCAUUCCUAGUUUUUUUAGAAUCAUUCUGUUGAAAAUUUAAUAUUAAUUAUUCUGUUGAAAUUAACCGAAUUGACUGGACAGGAAGACUUGAAAGACGUGUGUUAAUUACUCUAGGGCGGGGGGGGGGUACUCCCUAAUAUGGGCUACAUAGGUAUGUGCGGCCCCAAAGGGUAGGGUUUUUCAGCCGUUUUGGUCAUAAAUUGGGUAUCGAUUUUGCCUAUUUUGCCGCCAUUUUGGUCAUAAAUAGGGUAACGAUUUUUGCACUGUAGUCUUGAAUGCACUUUUUUAGAAGAAGCUACUUCCUUAUCAUGUCCCCCUCCUUCCAUCCGCGCUUUGCCUUCCUCUCCACCGGCUGCUUUGUUGGCUAGAAAAUACAAGCAACCAAAGCCCUUCACAAAAUAGGGUAUCAAAUUUUUGGUUAGGUCAUAAAUAGGGUAGGGAAAAUCGCAGAUUUUGGUCAUAAAUAGGGUAAGGGUUUUGGUAAGCGGGCCGCACACCCCUACCCAAUUUUUCUGCGAGUACCCCCGGGCUCUAGGGAUGCUUCGCCCGAUCUCACUUUAAGUUAAGGUUGCAAUUGGUGACCUAAAUGCUGCAAUGGAAACGUACAAAAUGCAACAUAUCCCAUUGGUUGACAGACAAAAAGUAGGUCAACAUCAAAGAGAAGGAAAUAAAGAAAAGCCAAACGAAGAGCAAUCGGUGGUGAAUGAUUAGUUAACGGGGACACUUGUUCUGAUGACUGGCGAUGCUGAUGACUGGCUGAUAACUGGCGAUGCUAAUUUUCAAGAAACUAGGUCCUCUAUAAAAAAAAAUGUCGAAUUCAGGAUGGCAUUUCAACUCCCCUCCUUCAACGUUGUCCAUCAUUAUAAAGACUGAUUGAUUUUAUGAUGAGAUUUUUUCCAUUGAAGAACACUCAGCAGGGCAAUGGGUUAAUAUUCUCUACGGGAGUCUUUCUAUCGUUUGAUCACCUGAGUGUAUGUAAAACUGAAAUUAUUCUUAAACUUGAAACGUAAAGAAGAAAAUAAAUAACAGUGUAUUUUUGGUUCCUUUAGAUUUUACGUCAAUGGCAAAACCGUUUUCAACUGAAGUAAAAAAAAAAAAAACAGAACAAAAUUCUUUACCCAGUGGGUAUAGAUGUACCAUGGUGAGGCCAUAUGUGUGAUUAGUUUUUAUUAUAAUAUCUGUUUAGUCGUGUCAUUGCAGGUUGUCGAAGUACAUGACUGAGAGCAUUGUUCAUCUAGACGUUUGCCAUUAAAAAUUUAUUAGAUAAAUUAAGAACGCACAUAGCUGGUCAUAGAUCCAUAGCAACUAGCUUCGUUUACAAUUAAAUCAUUCAGAAAACACUGCUACAUGCAUGAAAGCCUCAAAGAACAAUGUCUCUUGAGUAAGUACAUGCUAUUAGGAUGGCGAAUGCGGUUAAAAACUGGCUUUCUGAGCCUCAAGGGCUUGAAACGAAGUCUAAAGUUGCCUGUUAGUGAAUUACCGAAGAAAGUCACUUAGUUAAACGUUACAUUCCAUAAUCAUUUCUGUGGUACUGGUGCCCUGAACGCAGCCACAACGUCAAUUCAAUUUUCCACCUUGGAAUCAAGAACUGUUUGUCAGCAGCAUUCAACUCUAGUAACCUCAAAUAUGGAACUUUUGUAUCCAGGAUAUAAGGCGUACUUCGACAGGUCCGACACCAAAUCAUUUCAAACCGAAUACACCACAAGAUACUGCAACUCCGAAGAACACGUGAUAUACAGUCAAAUACCAAAGCACCCAUGGAGUGAACCUCGCCGUCCUGCAGCAGACAGUAGGUACAUAUCGUAUGGAGCUGCAGCCAGACCGACGCAUCUAAGGCCACCGUUUGCGGCGCGAAUGUUAAGCUAUGUCCCCGAUGCCGAGGGAAAAUAUACUGAACAAAACUCAUCUCGUGUACAGAAUGAAAAUUCACGUCGGCUGAUAUAUUCCUUUGAUAAAAGAGAAUCUUUCAGAGAAACGUAUUUAAACACAGUGCCUACCACCCAAUCCUCGAAAAAUGGUUCACCCAAGAAGAAUUUGACAGACGGUCAAUUGUUACAGAAGCUGGGAGUUUCAUCACCACACGCCUUGUGCAAUGCGAAAAAAGUUCAGCUAAAGAAUCAUUCAAGUUUAUCGCAACUUAAACAAAAUCAAAUCAAACAUAUGUUGGAUCCGCAGUCACCGUUACCGGCACUCAUCGCUCUUUCCGUCAGUAACAAGCAGCCUCGAACCUCUUCAAAGAGGUUUGUGAGGCCAGCAUUAGCUCGGGAUCUCGAAACCAUGGCGUCACACUUUACUAGCAAAAAUGGGGAGCAGGUACUGGAGAGAGUGGCCUCAAGGCCCAGCACGUUGUUGUCCAAGCACUCGAAGAAUGUACGUUAUGUUCGCGAUACCUGUUUCUUCCACCCCACUGAAGACAGAGAGAAACACUAUUAUAUUGUUAAUCCUAAUUGGUUUUCAGAACAGCGGGUAAAAAUCCCCAAGAACAACGUGUUCUCAUAA